CAAAAAAUCUAUCACAAAUCAAGAAAAACCUACGCACAUAAUUUUCUACCUAAAAAACACUAAAAAAAAAAAAAAAAUGGGAAGAGCACCUUGUUGUGACAAAGCUAAUGUUAAGAAAGGACCUUGGUCACCUGAAGAAGAUGCUAAGCUCAAAGCUUAUAUUGAAGCUAAGGGAACUGGGGGUAAUUGGAUUGCAUUACCACAGAAAAUUGGUUUGAAGAGAUGUGGAAAGAGCUGUCGUCUUAGAUGGUUGAAUUAUCUCCGACCUAAUAUUAAGCAUGGAGGUUUUACUGAAGAGGAAGAAAAUAUCAUCUGCAACCUGUAUAUCAAUAUUGGCAGCAGAUGGUCAAUCAUUGCUGCACAAUUACCAGGAAGAACUGACAAUGAUAUCAAGAAUUACUGGAAUACAAGGCUUAAAAAGAAGUUAAUUGCUAAACAAAGAAAAGAACAACAAGCAGCAUACCGUUUUGUUGAGCAGGAAUUAAAAAGGGAGAAUGAAACUUUUCUGGUUAACCAAACCAUGAAUCAAAUCCCUAAUACAUUCUGGUCUGAGCAACAAUCAUGUAUCCCUCCUAUGAUAGACCCAAAUCAAGAUCAAAUCACAAGAUUCCUGAUGAAAUCAUCAGGAAUGUUUUAUGAUGAUCAAUCUCAUCCUCAACUCAUAAACAGUAAUUAUGAUGAUCAUCAUCUUUUUAAUCAUGUGGGCACAUCUGAUCAGAUUGAUUCAUCAUACACCCAAUUGGUUAAUAACACUAGUUAUUAUUAUGAUCAUGUUAAUGGAGUGGGACCCACUUCAGAUCAAGAACAUGAAAAGUAUUUUGCAGAAAUUGAAGCAUACUUAAUUAGCAAUCAGCUUCGAUUCGAGGAUGGAAUCGAUAUGGGUAGUAAUAGCACAAAUAGCGAUUCUGGGGUAAGCAACAGUUGGGGAGAAAUGUGUUCUUUGGUUAAUACACCUGUGUCUAAUUUGAAUGCUUAUCAGAAUGGAACAUUGCAAGCAUUGUAGAUCAGUCCUCAGAUAAUUAUAUAUAGGAUAGUAAUAUUAAUUACAAUUAUAUGGUGUAAAUUUGUGUUUGGGAAUAUUUUGUUGUUUUGAUUUUGGAUAAGGUUUAUCAAAUUUUAUUUUAUUUAUAGAUAAUGUUUUUUGUUA